AUGGUGUCGCAUAAGUGUGUAGAAGAAUUCGGAUACAAAGGCUACCUGUUACCUCCCAAUGCAAGAGCUCCCCGAUCAGCGCGGAAGAAGCGAAGUUUCGAGAAGAUAAACGAAGAAGAUGAUGAAAUGUGCGCAAUUGAUUUACUGGCCACCGUAGCUGAAAACUUGCUCUUCGAGAAGAGAAGUUCGCUCAUGUCCAUCGACAAACCGGUUAACGAGAUCGUAGAUAAUCGUCUCACUACGCAAACUACUGUAAAGGAGGAGUUCCCGGUGGAAGAAGAAAAGCCAGUGACUUUAUCCGAGGACAAUCGAUCUUUGAGCCCCUUCGGAUUCAGUUCUGUGACAAAUGGCAAAGUGGAGACUGACGCUGACGGAGAUGGGUUUAGUAACUCUGGUGGUGGUGGUGAUUCUUCUCAAGUCGAGGACUUUAAACCGGUUAUCAAUGGCGGCGACGCAGUAGCUGUUGACGUGAGGCCUAAUGUUGUAGUUAGUUUAGGUAGUAGUAGUAGAACCGAGGUGCCAUCAAUGGGGAACGGUGUUUCUGUUUCCCAUGGCGUUCGCGGUGAUGUAAAUAUGUUUAGUAGAGAUGAUGAUGAAAACUUUUCUGGGUAUAUAUGCCCUCGUGUGACCAAAAAGCCACCUAGGACUGUGCCGCGUAUUGGUGACAGGAGAAUCAGGAAGAUCUUGGCUUCUAGACAUUGGAAAGGAGGUUCGAGACAUGCAGAUGCGAAACCGUGGAGAAGUUAUCACUUGCCUCAUCAGAGGAGCUAUCCUGUCAAGAAAAAGAGAUACUUUGACCACAUUUCUGAUUCAGUCUCUGAUGAUUAUCGUUUGCGCACUAAGAUGCAAAGAGGCAGCAAAGCAGUUUCUUCGAUGAAAGGUCAAGGUGCAUCUUUUGUGUCAAGCGACUCUCAUGUGAGACUGCGGAUCAAGUCGUUCAGGGUACCUGAGCUUUUCGUAGAGAUUCCAGAAACUGCUACUGUUGGCUCCUUGAAGAGAAUGGUGAUGGAAGCAGUGAGCACUUUGUUGAGUGAUGGACACCGAGUUGGUCUGAUGGUUCAGGGGAAGAAAGUCAGAGACGAUAACAAAACCCUUCAUCAGACUGGGAUCUCUCAGGAUAACACCCACUUGGACUCUCUUGAUUUUAGCCUUGAGCCUAGCUCAGAUACGCCUCAACAAUUGUUAACAAGUAACUCGUUGGGACGUAUCUGCGAGGAUCUGCCUAUGUGCCAUACUUCAAAGAUGGACAAUGUGUUCGAAUCUGACCAUGACUCAGCACUGUUCCCUUCUGACUCAUUUGGCCAGAAAUCUUCUACAGAUGAUUCGAAAACUCUGGUUCCGAAAUUGGCGCUCCCUCCUCAUCCGCCUAGAGUUAAAUCUAAAAGGAGUGAGCAGCAGCAGCAGCAGGCUGCAAGGCGCAGAAUCCGUCGACCUUUCUCAGUGGCUGAAGUAGAAGCACUUGUCCUAGCAGUUGAGAAACUCGGUACUGGAAGGUGGAGAGAUGUAAAGGUUUGUGCUUUCGAGGACGCAGACCACCGCACUUACGUUGAUCUCAAGGAUAAAUGGAAAACGCUGGUCCACACGGCUAAGAUAUCUCCACAGCAGAGGAGAGGAGAGCCGGUGCCACAGGAACUUCUAGACCGAGUGUUGGACGCUCAUGGCUACUGGUCACAGCAACAUGUGCAGGUGCUGCAGACUAUCAACAACAAUGAGCAGCAGCAGCAAGAGACACUGCCUCAGAGUCAGACACUGGUGGCUCCGCUGAUUGUCUAA